AUGGCCUCCUCUUCUUCGCAAGAGGUGGCCAAGAGGCCUGAUGGCCAGCUCAUGCCUCCCCCACCGCCCCCGAAGCGAGUCAAACGCCCCGCAACUGUCCUCAACGAAGACGUCUACACCAACGCUUUGUCCCACAUCAUCGCCCGCGAUUUCUUUCCCGGAUUACUCGAAAACCAGGUCAAGCAGGAGUAUCUGGAGGCCCUCGAAUCAAAGGACAAAGCAUGGAUUGGAAGUGCCAAAAGGAAGCUGGCUGAUGUCAUGCGCACGCCCACUCCGGGUUCAAAUAUGAGGCGAAAAUCAGAGCACGCAUCGGUCCCGGGCACACCGCAGCAUUUCCCGUCUACGCGACCUGAAGACACUCCACAUGGCUGGGGAGGGGAUACACCUAUGUCGGUUGUCUCGACUUCCACGACAGCCACCGAGACACCAGACUUGAAUAUUCCCGAUGUAUCAAAUAUGGGAUUGGUUGCCUUCCAAGCAAAGUAUACCAGCGAAGACAAUGAGGCCUUCAACAAGGUCCUUGAUAAACAGAAUGAGAAGAAGCGAGAGAAAUAUCCCUGGUUAUGGAGUGGGAACAAAAUACCCUCGGCACGCCAAAUUGCGCAUCACCAACGAGAAGCCAAGCGCAUCACAGCUCAAGGCGGAAACCCACAAAUGGGUCUCAUCAAACACGACGAACAUGCACAACCGGCUAUCAAGGCAGAUUUGGAUGCCCGCCCCGCAAGGCCUGACACGUGGAAAACUCGCCCAGAUAACACUCUUAUGUUUCUCCCUUCCUCAGUGGAGGACAGUCACGAGACACUGGCCCAGAAAGCUGAAUCGACGUCCCGAGCAGCACCCAAACGAACGCUCUACCAAAACACAAGGCUCUUAGACCCAAGUGCUGCCGCAGCAGCGGAUGCCGCGAAUUCCGUUCCCCCUUCGCCUUCCAUAUCCGCUAUCCAAGAUGCUAUCGCCGGCCGACCGCAUCUCAGCGAGUCCGAAGCCGCAUCGGCUUUCGCAGGAAGUGAAACUCCCAGGGUCAACGGAUAUGCCUUCGUCGAUGAAGACGAGCCUGAGCCGGAACCUGCCUCUGGCUCAGACGACAUGGAGGUGGACUGGCGCCUCCUCGGACCGAGCUCUGAAAAGCCCAACCCAUUCAAACUCGGCGAGACUGGCAAGCGCGAAGCCCUGCAUCAUCGCAUGGUAGACCGUGUGGCGCGGAACAAACGUGCUGAAAAGGCCGCCCGUGUCACGAAGACUCCUGUCUCGUUCACGCCCCGUUUUGCCAGUAGUCCCCGGUUAGACUAUGGGCUGCAGUCUACACCUGGAGCUAGUUCUACUAGCGGCUCUGUGUCUGGUGGGUAUUCUGGCAAGAUGCUUACACCUGCGGCGCAGAAGCUGCUACAGCAGGUCGGGCGGACGCCCAGGUCUGGAGAGAAGUCUGGACUGGGGAAUGUGUGGACACCGACACCUCGGCGAAAGUGA